CAUUGUUCGUACGGAACUCAGUGGCCAUCCGUGCGCGUACGCAGCGCGACCUCGACAUGCGGGCUCUCACUCUGAUAACUAUACUACUCGUUCAUAAAUAUCCUAGCGAAUGUAACAGUGAUUAUAAGACCAAGCGAGCCCAGAUACUAAACGAUGAAGAUAAACUCACGCUCGGCGGUCACAUCAACCUCACACAACAGGAAACCGAAGUUAACAACUGCCUAAUGAAACACAAAAACAACGAGCUAGACUACGCUUUCGAACACCCGGAAUACUUCAACUUCUCUUACCAUUUCUUCAAGUAUAAAGACGGGAUAAGGAAUUCUAAAGUCUACAAAAUCAUCAAGGAUGUACCCAAAGGCGCUGCACUGCAUUUACACGAUGUAGGAUUGUUGGGACCCGAUUAUUUGUUAAACAUAACCUAUAUGGACGGACUUUACUUUUGUUUUGAUAACAACAAGGUAUUAUUGAAGUUUUCAAAUAAAGUACCGGAUACUAAUUGUAAUUGGAAACUGAUGCGCGAUGUCAGAAGGAUGUCUAAUAAUGUCAGGAAAUUCGAUGCUGAGCUAAGAAAACACUUCACAAUGGUUGUAGACGAUCCAGCUCACGAUUACCCGUGUAUCAAAAACACAUGGGCUGCCUUCAUUAAUUAUUUUAACACUAUAUUCCCGAUGGUAACCUACCGACCUGUAUGGGAACGAUACUUUUAUGACGUACUAAAAAGAUUCAGAGAAGAUAAUAUCUUGUAUGUAGAAGUGAGGACCAUACUACCGCCUUUGUAUGAGUUAGAUGGAACGACCUAUGACCCUGUUGUCACCGCUAAAGCGUACAAGAAGAUCGCAAACAGAUUUGUGAAAGAUCAUCCAGAUUUUAUAGGAGCCAAAGUUAUAUACGCUCCGGCCAGAAACGUGGACACAAACGCAUUGGCCUUGUACUUGCAAAUCGCGAAAAGGGUCAAAGCGGAGGUGCUGGAUUUCUUCGCUGGUUUCGAUUUAGUCGGGCAAGAGGAUUUAGGGAAACCAUUGCUAGAUUUUGUACCGCAGUUGACAGCGGCAGCAGGGGAGUUGACGUACUACUUUCACGCUGGUGAAACAGAUUGGUACGGCACGUCGACGGAUGAAAAUCUCGUAGACGCUAUUUUAUUAGGUGCGAAGCGGAUAGGGCAUGCUUACGCUUUGCCGAAACACCCUCUUUUAAUUGAGGAAGUAUUGAAACGUGACAUCGGUUUAGAAGUGAACGUGAUCUCAAAUGCUGUGUUGUCAUUGGUGCAAGACGUGCGUAACCAUCCUCUGGCCUCUUUCUUCGCUCAUGGCCUUCCUGUGGUCAUAUCCAGUGAUGACCCUGGAGCUUGGGAGGCGGACCCGUUGUCUGACGACUUUUACGUGGCCUUUAUGGGCGUGGCCAGUAAGACGGCAGAUUUGAGACUGUUGAAACAAUUAGCUUUGAAUUCUUUGAAGUAUAGUGCGCUCGAAGGAGACGCCAAAACGAAGGCGUUUGAAAAGUUUAACGUUAAAUGGAACGAUUUUGUAUAUAAUUUUCAGUGUAACUCGUAUAAUUAAAAAUAUGAAUACAA